UACACCUUGCACACUAAUUUCCCCACCCCUCAUCCCUUCUUCACUUUCACUCUUGCUUUCUCAGCUCCUUCUUUCAUCUUGUCAGAAGCUAAUCAAUUAAUACUACUAAAUCUGAUCUGAUGUACAUAUUUAAAGCCUUUUUUAAAUUCUCAUCAACAACGUUCCAAAGCUUCAAACUUUUGAAAUACUAGCUAGCUAUAAAAGAAUCCCACAUGGUCAUGCUCGGAAGUAGCUAUAGCAGCACUUAUAAUUUCGUCCCCAAAUUUGUCUUCUACAACUUUCAUGUUUUGCUUCUAGUAUGGGAGCGUAGGUGUCGGUGCCGUUCUGAUUCUUGAAAUCAAGGAAGACUGUAAAUUUUUUUCAGAAGUAGAGGAAGGAGUGUUAUAAGGGACAAGUUUUGAUUUUUUUACGAGUUUGAGUAGCUUGGGAAGUGGAAAAGGUUGAUACUUGAUAAGAGAGUAGUAGAAAAAAUAAAGAUGGGGGAAACGGGAAACCAUAACCACCAGCCACCGCCACCUCAGCCACCACCGGGGCCGGUUCCACCUCUCGGUGCAGCCAGAGGCCCUCUUUAUCCUCCUGCAGAACAACUUCUUCAGCUUCAUUACUGCAUCCAUUCUAACCCAUCUUGGCAUCAAACUGUCCUCUUGGCCUUUCAGCACUACAUUGUCAUGCUCGGAACUGCAGUUAUGAUUGCUACAGUGCUCGUGCCAAGAAUGGGCGGAGGCCAUGGUGACAAAGCCCGAGUGAUCCAGUCUAUGCUUUUCAUGUCUGGGAUAAAUACGCUUUUGCAAACUUUAUUUGGUUCAAGACUUCCUACAGUAAUGGGUCCAUCUUUUGCCUACUUUAUAUCAGUCCUGUUGGCCAUCAAUGAUUUCAAUGAUAGUAACUUCACCACCGAGCAUGAGAGAUUUACACACAUUAUGAGAGCUGUUCAAGGGUCACUAAUAGUAUCGUCAAUUCUCAAUAUUAUCAUUGGAUAUGGCAAGGCAUGGGGAAACCUUACUAGGUUUUUCAGCCCUCUCGUUUUAGUGCCAGUGGUAUGUGUGGUUGGUCUGGGUUUGUUUGCUAGGGGCUUCCCACAGCUUGGAAACUGUGUGGAGAUAGGGCUGCCCAUGUUAAUUUUGCUAGUUAUCAGCCAACAGUAUCUACAACACAUCCAUCCAAAAACCCGUCCAAUUCUUGAGAGGUUUGCAUUGCUGUUGUGUGUUGGAAUUAUUUGGGCUUUUGCUGCUAUUCUUACCGUGGCUGGUGCUUACAAGAAUGUUCGGGAUCAGACCAAGAUGAGUUGCCGCACAGACAGAUCUUUCCUGAUGUCAUCUGCUCCUUGGAUAAAGAUUCCCUACCCUUUCCAGUGGGGAACCCCUAUAUUUAGAGCAAGCCAUGUUUUUGGGAUGAUGGGGGCUGCACUUGUUUCAUCAGCAGAGUCCACUGGAGCAUUUUAUGCAGCAGCGCGACUUGCAGGUGCCACACCGCCCCCUUCACAUGUAGUGAGCCGGAGCAUUGGCUUGCAGGGCAUAGGCCAACUACUUGAUGGCAUAUUUGGUUCUUUGGUUGGUUCAGCUGUAUCUGUUGAGAAUGUUGGUCUUCUUGGGCUUACACGUGUAGGGAGCAGAAGGGUGGUCGAGAUAUCAAGCGGUUUCAUGAUAUUUUUCUCAAUAUUUGGAAAAUUUGGAGCUUUCUUUGCAUCUAUCCCCUUGCCAAUAUUUGCUGCCAUAUACUGCGUGUUAUAUGCUAUUGUUGCUGCCACUGGGAUAUCAUUCAUUCAAUUUGCAAACCCAAACUCAAUGCGCAACAUCUAUAUUUUAGGCCUCUCCUUGUUCCUCGGGAUAUCAAUACCACAGUACUUCGUCAUGAAUACAGAUAUGGCUGGCCAUGGGCCUGCUAAAACUGGUGCUGGAUGGUUCAACAACAUAUUAAAUACAAUAUUCUCUUCGCCUCCUACCGUCGCAAUCAUAGUCGGAACCCUUCUAGAUAACACUCUAGAAGCGGGGCACACUCGAGAUGAAAGAGGAUUACCUUGGCUUGUACCCUUCCAGAGGCGAAAAGGAGAUAGCAGAAAUGAGGAGUUUUACAAUUAUCCUCUUAUAAUCAACGAUUAUAUCCCAACUAGAUUUCUGUGAAGAAGACGCAUUAAUAUUUAUUGUACAUCUGUGGCUUGUGUUGAAAUCACAUGUUUCAAAAGUGUGUGUGAAAGGCCUGUUUUUUUCUCUUCCAUUUUUCUGAUCAGGAAGAAAAUUGGUCAGCAGUCAGUAUUGAAUAUUAUACAAACCACAAGCCUCAUUAUGAUUGGCAUAUUUGGACCAUAUUUUUUGCACGAGGGAAUCAUGCAUGACUGGACAGAUUUGACCAGGGUUCUCCACACACUUCAUUGACUGAUGAUGUCGACUUCCGUUCAUUUUCUGAUGUCUGUCUUCACGUUCUAAGAUGAGCAAGCAGCAAAAGCAAGUCCAGAAUUUCGGCAGCCAGUUAAGGUCAUUUUGAUCCUUCUGAAAGGAGCAUCUGUGUGAGGUCAUUUUGAUUGAAAGAUGGAACUUGUAAGAUGGAUGUUAAAUAUAAGCAUUGAGCGUUAUUUUGACUUGAA